CUCUAUUGCCGAGCGCACAGUCAACAUUGCAGUCAUGUCACGAGUUUUGUCGUUGUGUGGGUAGAUCUCUCCUGAGCUGCUAUUCAGGAUGGAUUCAGACCCUGUGUUUCCCAAGUGUGUGGUGUGCAGCACCUCCUUCAGGUACAGAGGACCACAGCCGCACCUGCUUCCCUGUCUACAUCCUGUGUGUGAGGACUGUCUCAAGUCACCAGAAGUCACAACUCUGGACUGCUCUGUCUGCUUGAAGAGUCAUGAUAAAAAAUGUCGGGAGUUUCCCAAUUGACGAUGUUGUACUUGGUGACGUCCUCAACCAGACAAUGAAGCACAGACCGUCCGACUUCCAAUGUACCAACAAGGUGGAUGGAAACCAAGCAAUGUCUUGGUGUCAGGAAUGUGAGGAAUAUUUCUGCGAGCACUGUAAUUUAUCUCACUCAGAGGUGAAAACAACUAGGAAUCACGCAAUGAAGUGGAUUUCUGAUCUUCCAUGUACAUUGACAAGAUCAUAUUCCGACUGUGAGAAACACGGACAACGUUUGGACAUCUAUGAUAAAAACUGUGACUGUUUCAUCUGUUUGCAAUGCUUCUAUGAAGAUCAUGCCAGUAACAGUACCGACACAGCCGAUACGUUCUUGAGUCGUGAACAAGACGUCUUGAAGGUUUACAUAAAAUCUGUUUCAGAGAAGAAGGAAAAGAUCAUUUCAGCAAAAGAAACGGUUCUUGUACAAGCAAGAUGUAUUGACGAGAAGGCCGUUCCCCUCCGGGAUACAGUUCAACACACAUUUUCUGAGCUGAGAGAUGUGGUGAAUCAGCGAGAGAAGGAGGUGCUUGUGGAGCUAGAUCAGAUUUUAGACUCCAUGAAGAACAUUAAUGACAGUCGACGAAGAGUGCUGGCGUCAUCAGAGACAAGCUGCCAGACAGUCCUUGACUACAUCAACGAGAGUUUCCUCUACGCCUCACCUUCCCACCUCCACAAAGUGAAGAGUUCCAUCACACAGGCCUUUGAGUCUUGUAUAAAGGCUGACGUUCCAGCUGUUCACAAAUACGAACCGUGUGUCGUCUUCUCAGAGCAAGGUUUACCGGUUUUGAAAUCCUUAGUAUCAUCCUUUGGUGGUUUCAUGACUUCAGUUACCCAGACGGAAUCACCUAUGGAAGCAUCACUUAAAACAGGCCUUCAGAUGAAACUGGAAGCAGAUAUUGAUGAACUUCAGACACAGAACAGAGAGGCUCAGAGGCUAAUCAGUGCACUGGAAAAGGAAGCCUCUCAAAAUGAACAGAAGGUGAAGACUUUGCAGGAGGAUUUAUCCAGACUUCAGGGGAUCGUAAUUCAGUUGCAUCCCAUGGGCAACGACAAAGACACUUGGCUACAUGUGCUUGGUACAGUCAACAGAGCCCCACUUGUUGUUCUAUGUCCAAAGAUGAUGUUUGAUUCCGACAGAGUAAACCUGAACAGAACACACAUUAAUGACAAAGGCCUUCUCAUCAACACAAAACAUCCUCAAUGGAGAAGAGUGGGCACUAGUGGGAAGAUGUUGAAGAACUACUGCGGCACCUGCAGCAUCUCCCCACUGCCCUCUAGCGGCCUGGUGUACUGGGAGGUGGAGGCGGAUGUGGAACUGGACAAGCCUCUGGGUGAUCUAGAGCUUGUGUUGGAGGUCGGGGUGUGUGGAGAGGAUGUCAUGGACAGUAGUCAUUAUAUCGGCGGUCAGCCUAAUUCAUGCAGUCUGCACAUAUCAAAUGGUGAGAAUGAUGUGAUGAGGUCUAUAGCUAUUAAUGGAAAGAAUGCAGCAACAGCUAAAGUGUUUGAGAACAAGGCAGGGACAUCUGUGACAUUAAAGUACGGAGUUCUUGUUGAUACUGACAAGAUGGCGGUAUCCUUCCUGGACACCAACAAAAGAGAAGUGUUGGAAUCGGGGUGUAUUGUUGACAACGAGUCACAACGUGGUGCUGGAUACAACAAGAAUAUGUGGCCUGUAUUUGCGGUUUAUGAUAACUCAAUCAGAGUUGAAAUGAAACUCGUGAGUGGACCGGAUCUACAGAUGGAAGACUGGAAGAAGAAGCUUCUCGAAGACGCCAGCCAUAUGUGUGCUGUAGGGGAGCGAUACCGUGGCUACAAUCACUACUUCCGUGCUCAACGUUAACACUGGUAGACAUCACAAUCACAGGAAGUGCACCUGUUUUUUGGACAUUUGCCUAAAUGUUAAAUAUGUGCAGAGAUUAUACAUGACUGACUCAUGACGUUUUGUGCAUAAUUGGCAAAGAAAUCUUAUCUGCUGUUUUCGAGGAAAAUAGAACUUGCUACAGGGGAUUUGUUUGAAAGUAUAUUUAAUAAUCAAUUGAGUUGCUGUGGGUUUGGUUCAGGAUAUUAUUGUUUCUUUGUGAUUCGUUCUGUUAAUGAGGAUAGAAAUGUGAAUCUGUGCUGACUAUAAAUCUAUCUGACAUGUGAAUGCAUGAUCCUCAGCCCUCAAAAAGAAUUAAACAAAAUGAUAGAAAGAUAUAUAAUACGUUGGCUCGCAUAUGAUAAGUGUUAAUCGCAUGUUGAUCAUAUGAGUUGUGAUAAGUCACCUAAAGUCAAUAUCACAGCCUUAGAAUGCAUCUUGACCAAAACGUAUUGGUUUUGAAAUUAAUCGAAUGAAUAGUCAGUUGUAUAAUCAAACCAAGAUCCAGGUUGUAAUUGAUUCAAGAUAGUAACGGUUGCUAUCUCCAUGAAACCCUUUGUCCCUUGAUCCGUUUGACCAUUGAACACUUCUUGUAUCAUUUUGGCGUCGAUGGGGUAAUGAAACAAAUAUGAACAUGAAACAGACACCAGUAUGACACAAACAAGUACUUGGUUUGGCUUAUAUGACACUUCAAGCACCAACACUAUGUGUAUCAAGCACAUGGCUGCUCUGUGUCUGUGUCCUUGUCUGGUAGGGUUGUAUCAGACGCCGAUCGGAUUUCUUUUGUAAUAGAUUCAUGUUUGGCCCAUGGCUGAAUGUCUCCACUCCCGAAAAAACAGAAAAAUGAGGGCAGCCAGAGAAAACGACCCAAAUCCGGUGAAAAACGCAUUCUGUCAUUCCUGUCGCGUUCCCUGCAGAAGAAAAUUUACAUUCGUGAGACAAGUCUGUUUUGAUGAGCCCAGGUUUUGUGUGACAGAUGUAGAACGUCGCUGGUUUAUUUGUUGAUUUACUUAUCUACUCUCUGAUAAUACAAAUGUAUAAGAGAGAAAAGGUGAGGAGAGAAGGUCGCAUAGACCUGGAGAGGAUUCCAGAAGAAGACAUUUUUAUAUAUCAGAGAUGAUAUAGCGGAAGAAGUCAAGGUUCGAAAUCUUCCUUCAAUCGGAAUACUUAUGUUCAACUUCUGAGUCAAGGCAGACGAUAUGAAUAGGAUUAGUUAUUCUAUUGUUAAUAAAAAAUGUUUGUUUGAUAUGGUUGAUAUUGUUGACGAUAGUUUUGUUAGAGCCGAUUGUUACCUUUGCUUUCGUUUCACUUUCACUUGACUGCCCAGGAAUCUUUUUGACAUUCUUUUUUUCAGUACUCACAAGGCCACGGGCCUAUAGCACAGUCCAUUAUAUAUACACAAUAUAAAACUUCAUGGAACAUAUACAUACUUACAUUUAACCAUACCCUGUGUAGUUAUUAAUUAAUUAAUUUAUUUAUUUAUUUUCAUUUAUCCAAUUAUUCCUGCAAGAAAAGGCACAAUAUAUAAAUACUGAUAAAUCCUUAAGUAUUUUUACAUUUGGGUUUGUUAACAACAGUGUAAAUUUAGUGGAGUUUGGGUAAUUAUCAUAAUAUGCUGGGAUAUAUUUUUCUCUAAAUGAUAAGUAUAAUGGACAAACAAGUAAAACGUGGUAUUCAUCCUCAAUCAAUUCUAAGUUACAUAGUUUGCAAAUUCUUUUAUCACGGUUGAUGUUUGUGUAACGGCCAGUUUUAACAAGGAGAUCAUGGGAUGAACAAAGGAUACGAGACAACGCUAUCCUAAUUUUUUUAACAGGUAUAUUGUAUUACUUAAGUAGUCUUCUGUACUGAAAUGAGUUUUGAAAAGUUUAUAGUAAAAGCACUUAUUUGAUGAAUCUUUUUGUUAUAGAUCAACGUUACGUUUUAAUUUAAUUUAUUGGAAAUUGAAGACGCCAUUAUUAUACUACGAAACCGUUGUUCCUGAUGUUGUAGGAUACGGCUUCUUUCUAAUAAGUUUAUAACUUAUGAAGCACGUGUAUCCCCAGUUAUUUUGCCUAUUUCUUCAUACUGAUGACAUGUGAAUCAUAUUCAUGCAAUAUAGCAGCAGCUCUAUAAACAUAGCUUGCUUGUAUUGUAGAUGUUGCAUUUUUCUAUUCGUACUUUUGUGUAAACAACCCCUUUUGCAGCGACACUUAAAAUAAGUUGUUUAACAAACUAUCAUUAAACUUUUUACACAGUUCACUAUUUGUUACGAGGGAGGAGUGCAAAGAAAGGAACAGCUUGGUGUACGUGAAGCAAAAUUUUAAUGAUAGUUUGUUAAACAACAUCUUUAUUUUUCGGACAUGAAUUCUGCCAAAAAUCACAGAGUUGGUCUGAUGUUUUGAUUAUGAUCAGUGUUUCACUGAGUAUUACAUGUGUAUUAGUUUUCGAGUUAGAUUGCAUUCAUCGGUCCGCUUUUGAGCCAAACGGACUAUAACAUAAUCCAACAUAAUUCACUUGAUUUCUGAAGAACUUAUUGCAAUUUGUGGAACCUAACCGUAAACACUGAUAAAAUCGAAGAUCCAUAUUUUCCGUGGUACUAAAAUUGAGAAAAGGAGGAAAUCUAUUUUGAGUAAUGUUUUUAUUUUUGUUUGUGUAUUGAUAUUGAUUGUGUUCAGAUCUGUUAAAUGUACGUUAACCCAUUUUGUGUAUAAGAUUUCACCCCAUCGCUUUAACACAACAGUAAAACAAUACUACUUUAUUGUCGUGAUACAUGUUAAACUGAUUGAAAAAGUUAAUAUACAGUUUCUUUGAGACAUAUUGUCAUUAAAGAUGGUACACCUUUACAUGUUUUAUGGUACACUUGCAGAUUACCAUUUCAUAUGUUGAUACAAUCGUGUUACGUUUCGAGAGAAAUUGUCAGUAAAAAGAAGAAACCAU